AAAAAAAAUAAAAAUAAUUUGUGAAAUUUUGAAACUGGAUAAUAAUAAAAUUUAGAUAUUAAAAACUUAACUAAAUCUAGUUGAAGUAUUUUAAUAGUAGAAUCUUUCCUUAUAAUCAUGGAUUGACUUUAUUUGAUUUGGAUAACAUUGAAAUAGUCGUUUUUAUUUACAAUUCAAGUAAAUCAUCCCACAGUGAAAGUGACUGCUCCAACCUGGGCAUUUUAACGGCAAAGUCUAUGGAAUUAUAUUUUGUUUUACUUCUAUACUACUUGCUCAGGUUUUUUUUUGUCAGAUCAAUACAUAAACUAAUUUAAAUACAAAAGAGAAUGUAAGUCGUCUCCUACAAAACUAGAAUCCUACUCUAAUCCUACUCAAUAUGGAAAUAUUUGUAUUAGAAUUGGCCGUACUUUGAAAUUGUAUUUGAUACUAUCUCUAUCAUAUUUGAUUGCUUCUUCGGACUUCGUCUAGAUGCCAAUUUGAAAUAUAAAAAAUUCACCACCUUAUCAAAACUUUACUAUAUAUAGGGACAUAGAUCGAUCAUUAUUACUUACUUCCCAUACUUGAAAAUUAAACACAUUUUUUUAUAAGAAACCCUCAGAUGAAAAACAAGAUAAUUUUCUUCUUCUUCUUCUUCUCGGUGUUUUUUAUGGAACUUAGCCGAGGACAGAACAACAGAAGAAUCGAAGUCAAUGUGGGUGCUGUAACUGAUGUCGGGACUACAUACUCCGAGGUUGCCAUGCUAUGUGUCAACUUGUCUCUUGCUGAUUUUUAUUCUUCUCGUCCUCAGUUUCAGACGAGGCUUGUCGUCAACGUCGGUGACUCCAGAAAGGACGUUGUGGGCGCAGCAGCUGCAGCGCUUGAGCUGAUAAAGAACAAGCAAGUGAAAGCCAUUUUGGGGCCAUGGACUUCAAUGCAAGCUCAUUUCUUAAUCGAGAUUGGCCAAAAAACACAGGUUCCAGUUGUUUCCUACUCUGCAACAAGCCCAUUUCUUACAUCUCUCCGUAGUCCAUACUUCUUGCGUGCUACGUAUGAAGAUUCCUCUCAAGUGAACGCCAUCAAAUCUAUCAUCAAGCUGUUCGGGUGGAGAGAAGUUGUUCCUGUUUACAUCGACAACACAUUUGGAGAAGGUAUCAUGCCUCGUCUCACUGAUGCAUUACAAGAAAUCAACGUUCGAAUACCUUAUAGAUCUGUCAUCGCACUCAAUGCCACGGAUGAUGAAAUCUCUGUGGAGCUUCUUAAUAUGAUGAACAACCCCACAAGAGUGUUUAUUGUCCACAUGUACUCUCCUCUUGCCUCCAGAUUCUUCAUCAAAGCUAAGGAGAUUGGUCUGAUGAGACCGGGGUAUGUCUGGAUCCUAACCAACGGAGUUGCAGAUGACUUAAGUGAGAUAAGUAAGAUGGGUAUCGAGGCUAUGGAAGGGGUAUUGGGUGUCAAAACUUAUAUUCAGAAAUCCAAAGAACUCGACAAAUUUCGAUCUCGAUGGAGGAAGAGAUUCCCACGAAAUGAGCUUAGUGUCUAUGGAUUGUGGGCAUAUGAUGCUACCACUGCACUGGCAAUAGCCAUUGAAGAAGCUGGGACACACAACUUAACUUUCAGCAAUGCGGAUCCUAGAAGAAAUGUGUCUGAACUUGAUGCUCUCGGUUUAUCUCAAUACGGUCCAAAGCUUCUAAAGACACUCUCACAAGUUCAGUUCAAAGGACUCGCAGGAGAUUUUCGUUUUAUCAAGAAGCAACUUCAACCAUCAGUGUUUGAGAUUGUUAAUUUUCUCGGAACCAGCGAAAGGUCAAUAGGAUUCUGGACGGAGAAAAACGGUCUUGUGAAGAAAAUAGACCAGCAACCUCGGAGCAGCGAGAGCGCCUUAUCAACUUGGAAAGAUCAUCUUAAACGCAUUAUAUGGCCUGGAGAUGCUGAUUCUGUUCCAAAAGGAUGGCAGAUCCCGACUAAUGGGAAGAAGUUGCGCAUCGGAGUUCCAAAGAGAACUGGUUACACUGAUCUCGUGAAGGUCACAAGGGAUCCUAUCACCAAUUCAACGGUAAUCACAGGUUUCUGCAUAGAUUUCUUUGAGGCUGUGAUUCGAGAACUGCCUUAUGACGUCUCCUAUGAGUUCAUACCUUUUGAGAAACCUAACGGUAAAGCAGCCGGUAACUACAAUGACUUGGUCCACCAAGUGUUCCUUGGGAGGUAUGAUGCGGUUGUGGGAGAUACAACCAUACUAGCGAACAGGUCCUCUUACGUCGAUUUCACAUUCCCUUUCAUUAAAUCAGGAGUUGGAUUGAUUGUCCCAAUGGAUGACCUAGUGAAGAGAGACCAAUUCAUUUUCUUCAAACCUUUGUCAUGGAAACUAUGGCUGACUUCCUUUGCCUUUUUCUUCAUUAUCGGCUUUACUGUUUGGGUUGUUGAGCAUAGGGUUAAUCCAGACUUUCGAGGACCGAAAAGAUACCAAGCUAGUACCAUUAUCUGGUUUGCUUUCUCUACGAUGGUUUUUGCUCCAAGAGAAAGGGUGUUCAGCUUUGGAGCAAGGUGUUUGGUUAUUUCUUGGUACUUCAUCGUUCUCGUGUUGACUCAAAGUUACACAGCCAGUUUAGCAUCACUUUUAACCACACAACAACUUAAUCCAACCAUAACCAGCAUGAGUAGCUUGCUUGAGAGAGGAGAAAGAGUGGGUUAUCAGAGAACAUCAUUCAUCUUUGGAAAGCUUAUAGAAACAGGUUUCUCGCCAUCUAACCUUGUGCCCUUUGAUACCUCCGAAGAAUGCAAUGAACUUCUAAGAAAUGGAACAAAAAAGGGUGGCAUCUCUGGAGCUUUCCUGGAAAUACCUUACUUGAGACUCUUUCUUGGACAAUAUUGCAACAAAUAUAAAAUGGUUGAAGAACCUUUCAAUGUUGAUGGAUUUGGAUUCGUUUUUCCAAUUGGGUCGCCUUUGGUCGCCGAUGUUUCAAGGGCUAUCUUAAAAGUAGCUGAGUCACUAGAGGCUACGAGGCUUGAGCGCGCAUGGUUCAAGAAGAAAGAAGAAAGUUGUCCAGACCCAGACACAAGUCCAGAUCCAAAUCCAUAUGUUACCUCUAGACAACUUGGUUUAGACAGUUUUUGGUUUCUUUUUAUAGGUGUGCUUGGUAUAUGCAUUAUAACCCUAGGAAUAUUCACUUUCCAUUUCCUAAUUACGACUGAAGGGGUUGAUUUGUGGGGAGAAUUUAACAACCAAGAAAAUAAAUCGUAUAUCAACCGGGUAGAGAAAUGUUCAUGUUCCUCAAAACAACAACCAUCUGAUGAUACCAACAUUCAAGCAGCAAAGCCAGAUGAAAAUCUUUAAGACACAACCAUACUCGACUUACAGCAUGUUCUCACAGUGCAUUUUCACUAGGUCCCUCUUUUUUUCUCAAAUUUCUUUGGGUAAUUUUAUAAGGACCAAAUUUGCAAUAUACUAUGUUUUUUAAUCAUGUUGAUGACAAUAUGUCAUGUGUGUUUAAUCAUUUGAUUUGGAUAAAGUUUGUAUCAUAAAUCAAGCUAUUAUAAUAUCCAUAUAGUUCAACUGAUUCGGUUACAUCUUAUUUUCUGCUGUUGAGUGUUUUCUCUUUUUGAUGGAAGAGGAAAAUUUGUAAUCGACUCUUCAUGGAUAGUUUCUUUAAAUAUGAUUGAAAAUGUGCCAAAACUGUCACCUGUAAUAUCUAUUUCAUUCCUAAAAAGGAAAAUCUUCCAAGAUAUAUGCCAUGGAGAGGAGCAUUCAGCUCUGGAAUUUUUGACCAUGUGGUUCAAAAUAUAUCGUUGUUUAAGUAUGGAAAUGCUGAUGAAAUAUUGAGAAUCAGAAACAUGUGAAAAUUUUAAUCCAACCAUAACUAGGAUGAGUAGUUGCUAGAGUGAGGGGACACAAUGGUUAUCGGAGAACAUGUUUCAUCUUCGCAAAGCUUAAAGAAGCUGGCUUCUCAAAAUCCAAAUUUCUAUCCUCUGAUACAAAAGAAGAAUGCGAUGAGAACUGAGAAAAGGAUUAGAGGACACAGGCUAUAGAAGCUCAUGUACUCCAUUUGAUCACCUUGUCCAUUGUUGAGAAAGGGUCCAGCAUUGCAAGCUAAAUUAUAACGCAAACUGUGGAGUGGCCUGCGAGAACCAAACUCCUUUUGUCCAUGAACAUUGUGGUCUAUCAGCUUGUAAUAGUUUCUUUGUUUGAGAACCAUAAUCCUUUUGUCCAUGAACAUUCUGAAAUGUCAGGAAAUUUCAGAGAAAGGAAGCUGAAUAACUACUCAUUAUCCCAUAAUAAUAAAAGAUAAAUCAUAAACUAUUAAUAACUAGGAAACAGACCACGUUAAGUUAAACCACAAAAUCCAUUAUUACUAAAUUCUAGAUUGACUUUGAAUCAAUCAACAUUCUCCUUUGAUUCAAAGUUGC